UCUUUCACAGGAACAAGACGCUAAUAUGGCACCAGGCGAUCGCUACGAUCCCAACGACUAUUACAAUCAAAAUCAGGAGUUGGAAGAUUACCUGCGAUUCCUAUACCAAUACGACAACCGUUUCGGAGAAAGGAACAUGGGUCUAGGUGGUACUUCGUUACCUGGACGGAACUUAAAUGGAAUCGGUGGAAAUCUCGUUGGUAGAAAUCUAGGCGGCCUUGGAGGGUCAUCACUCGCUGGACGAAACACCCACGGUAUUGGAGGAAAUUUAGUAGGAAGAGAUGUAGAUGGUGCUAGAUACUCAAGAUUUGUGGACUCCCUUGGUGGUGGAAACCUUGUGCGUAGCAUGGACUAUGGCAGAACCAACAUGGCACGGAACCUUGAUUCCAUUGGAGGCGGAAACCUGGUCAAGAAGAACCUCGAUCAACUUGGUGGACCUCACCUUAUUAAAAGGACCUUGGAUUCUUUAGGGGGAGGGAACUUGGUUCGUAACCUUGACUCCAUUGGAGGAGGAAGUCACAAAACGAGCAAACUGGACGCUUUGGGCGGUGGGCAUCAAAGAGAGGCUCGUGAUGUCCACCGCGGCCUGCCGUUUCUAUUUUCUAGACGACUCGAGUACGCCAGCCCAUAUGGAGCCAACUACGAAGAACUGCAUAAACGUAAUUUCGACGAAAUUGAUCGGUCGGAGCUGGACCCGUUUGUGAAGAGGAACUUCGAUGAGAUUGACCAGACGUCGAUGCCGUUCCCCUACGCCGUUAAGCGCUUCUACCGCUUGUACGGAAACUACCUUGACACGCCACCGUACUCCAGGUCGAACUUCGACAAGAAAAGAUUGUACCGGCCGGAGUACCCCAUGGACGAGAUAGACCUGUCCCACUUCCCCAUUGGCUCGAAACGGUCUCUCGACAGCUUCCCUUUCUCUCACGCACGCCGCUAAAAUACCUCCCCUUGCCUCAACGAAUCAAGAAGAUUACAACUUCAAAUACUUAUAAAUAAACAAAUAAAUUAUAAUGACACUUCACACAACCUGAGAAAAACAAAUGAAGAGCAAUGGGAUAGGGCGUGAGAUGCGCCAGAGCGACUUACGCAUACAGAAUAGCAAUAUUUCCCCUGGGUUUUUGUUAAUCCAGUAACAUAAUACAUAAUACUCACUUUAAUUAAGUCUGUUUUGUCAGUGUUUAAUAGAAUUCUCGAAAAUUUGGCGUCAGGAAGGUGGAAUGCAAAAUUGUUUACGCUCUUCAGUUCCAACACACGGAUUUAUACCUUUUGGAAAUAUAAAACAAUGUUCUUGCAAAUUUUGUAAGGUCGUACUAAUACAGACUAUUAAUUAAUCGUGAUUAGAACACGAACUAACCCUGUUGUACAACCAAAACUUCGUACAUUUAGAUAGUUAAUUGGUAGCAUACUAAAACGUUAUGAAAAUUGUUCUCGUAUUCGGUUCAGCUAUUAAACUUUCAGAUAUAUAACUAAAUAAUGUAAAUUCCAUUAAAAAUGUGUAAACUAUGUACUUAUAAUAAUAUU